GGCGCGCGGGGCUGGAAAGGAACUUAUGCGGGCGCGUGCGGUCCGGGGCUCCGCGGCGCCUCCGGGCCCGAGCGGGGCGGGCCGGUUGGCAGCCACAGGUGGUUAGUGCCAAAAGUUUUACCGCACUUCUGCCGGGAAAGCGUGGGAGCGUUUUGGUGAGUGAUGUUUUCCUGGGAGUUUGGCAACCGCACUUCACGCUGUCUUUUCUUCAAAAUUGGAAACUGAGCUGGAAAGGCUGGGAUCCCGCACCUCGCGAUGAGAUCUGAGCACCGAGUAGCGGUCCCUGCCCAAGGCGGCGCUCAAACGGGACUCAAAGAUCUUUGCUGCUGUCAAAUUGUGAAGCUGGCGGAAAUGGGCGCGCACACACAGCUCCUCCAAGCCUUGGACAAGUGAAGCAGAGCCCGGCCCAGUACCUGUCAGCCGCGCAGGGUAGUGCGGGGUCUAGUCCCAGCUACACGCAGGAGAACUGCGCGCGUCUUCACUCAAGAUCCCCUCUGAAGCAGCUGGGAGCUCAGAAGCUCUCUCCGUCCCUGAGGAGUGGGUUAGCCAUAAGAGCAAGAAGUGAUGGAGUAGAGUCCACCCAGCGCCUGAGGCAUGAGCAGAAUCCACACCCAUUAGACCAAGAGCCUCACACUGGGAGGCUGCACUGCUGGGGAGAUCCAAGAAGAAUCAAUACUUUGGCCCUUGGCGACAUAUACAUGGUGUAAUGACAGUGCUAUGAAGAAAUGGAAGCUCAGGAAGGUGGAUAAACUUUCCCAAAGCCACGCAGCUCAAAACAUGUUUCAACCCCUCGGUUGUGUCCAAAGCCAGUAGUGCUUUACAACGCAGCCUCCCAGUUCUUCUAGCUUAUAGAAAUGAGCAGAUUUGCAGAAAAACUGGUGUCCUGAAAUUUAAGACUAAGGCAUCGGUGCUUGCAGAGCUUCUCUGAGCUGUGGGCCACAGGAGGCCAGGAGCUCUCCUCUAAAUUGCUUUGUGACCUUGGACAAGAACCCUCCCCUUCCUGGACUGCAAACUUCCUCCUCCGUAAAAUGAAGGGUUGGGCUCUGGCUGAGAACAUGGCCAAUGACAUUGACGAGCUCAUUGGCAUUCCCUUCCCCAACCACAGCAGUGAAGUCCUGUGCAGCCUCAAUGAGCAGCGGCACGAUGGCCUGCUGUGCGACGUGCUCCUGGUGGUGCAGGAGCAGGAGUAUCGGACCCACCGCUCUGUCCUGGCUGCCUGCAGCAAGUACUUCAAGAAGCUCUUCACCGCCGGCACCCUAGCCAGCCAGCCUUACGUCUACGAGAUUGACUUUGUGCAGCCUGAGGCUCUAGCCGCUAUCCUGGAGUUCGCCUAUACCUCCACGCUCACCAUUACCGCCGGCAACGUCAAGCACAUCCUCAAUGCCGCCAGGAUGCUGGAGAUCCAGUGCAUCGUGAACGUGUGCCUGGAGAUCAUGGAGCCUGGGGGGGACGGCGGGGAGGAGGAUGACAAGGAGGACGACGAUGACGACGAAGAUGAUGAUGAUGAGGAGGACGAAGAGGAGGAGGAAGAGGAAGAGGAAGAGGAUGACGAUGAUGACACAGAGGAUUUUGCUGACCAAGAAAACUUGCCUGACCCCCAGGACAUCAACUGCCACCAAAGCCCUUCCAAGACGGACCAUCUCACGGAGAAGGCCUAUUCAGACACCCCCAGGGACUUCCCUGACUCCUUCCAGGCUGGCAGUCCUGGCCAUCUGGGGGUGAUCCGGGACUUCUCCAUUGAAUCUCUGCUGAGGGAGAACCUGUACCCCAAAGCCAACAUCCCCGACAGGAGACCCUCCUUGUCUCCAUUUGCCCCAGACUUCUUCCCACACCUCUGGCCAGGGGACUUUGGUGCCUUUGCCCAGCUGCCUGAGCAGCCCAUGGACAGUGGGCCACUGGAUCUGGUCAUCAAGAACCGGAAGAUCAAGGAGGAGGAGAAGGAGGAGCUGCCCCCACCCCCACCACCACCCUUCCCUAACGACUUCUUCAAGGACAUGUUCCCUGACCUGCCUGGGGGGCCUCUGGGCCCCAUCAAGGCAGAGAACGACUACGGUGCCUAUCUCAACUUCCUGAGUGCCACCCACCUGGGGGGCCUCUUCCCACCCUGGCCCUUGGUGGAAGAGCGCAAGCUGAAGCCCAAGGCCUCUCAGCAGUGCCCCAUUUGCCACAAAGUCAUCAUGGGGGCCGGGAAACUGCCGCGGCACAUGAGGACCCACACCGGGGAGAAGCCAUACAUGUGCACCAUCUGCGAGGUCCGCUUCACCAGGCAGGACAAGCUGAAGAUCCACAUGCGGAAGCACACGGGCGAGCGGCCCUACCUGUGCAUCCACUGCAACGCCAAGUUCGUGCACAACUACGACCUCAAGAACCACAUGCGCAUCCACACGGGCGUGCGGCCCUACCAGUGCGAGUUCUGCUACAAGAGCUUCACGCGCUCCGACCACCUGCACCGCCACAUCAAGCGCCAGAGCUGCCGCAUGGCGCGGCCCCGGCGCGGCCGCAAGCCCGCUGCAUGGAGGGCAGCCAGCCUGCUCUUCGGGCCCGGUGGUCCGGCCCCCGACAAGGCGGCCUUCGUGAUGCCGCCCGCGCUGGGCGAGGUGGGCGGCCACCUGGGCGGCGCCGCCAUGUGCCUCCCGGGCCCCAGCCCCGCCAAGCACUUCCUGGCGGCGCCCAAGGGCACCCUGAGUCUGCAGGAGCUGGAGCGGCAGUUCGAGGAGACGCAGAUGAAGCUGUUCGGGCGCUCGCAGCUGGAGGCUGAGAGGAACGCGGGGGGCCUCCUGGCCUUCGCGCUGGCAGAGAAUGUGGCGGCGGCGCGGCCCUACUUCCCACUGCCCGACCCGUGGGCCGCGGGCCUGGCCGGCCUCCCUGGGCUCGCCGGCCUCAACCACGUGGCCUCCAUGUCGGAAGCCAACAACUAGGCAGGUCCCUGUCGACUCCAGCCCUCCAGCCCUCCAGGCCGCUGUACCCCACCCCAUGGAUCUGGACUUUUCAUUUUAAAAACCCAAAGGGAAAAAUGAAAAAAAAAAAAAAAUACUAGCAGUGAUGGCAUUUUCCUGGGCUCCUAAAGCAGCUGCCUCCUUUUGCUGGUGUCUGAGAGGGGAAUCUCUUCCCAAAGAGCCUGGAGCCUGGAGCCCGCGCCUCCCCCCCCCCACCCCUCCCAAUCCCCCACCCCCCUCGGCUGUCUCUCUGGCUCUCACAUAGAAACUUGCACUGGCCUUUGCCACACGGAGCUGGGUGCCCAG